CCCUGCACGACCUGGUGGGGAGUGCCGUGGCUGGCCAGCCCGACCUCCUGGUGCUCGAGACCAGAGGGAGACGGAAGGGCCAGUGCAGGGAAAGGUUGGGCCGCAGGUUCCCGUUCUUGCUGUCUGUGGCCCCAUUUCCUGCGGUGACUCCUGCCCCAGGCCUCUGCCCCGCUCCCUCCUUGCUGACUCUUGAGCCUGCACCUCCUGCCCCCAGAUGACCAGGGCUUGCUCUCCCCAUCCGCUUGCUGACCACAGCUUUUAGAUACACCCCCCCCCCCCGCCUGUCCGUCGUUGCACGUGGCCGGCACCACCUGACGCACCGGGCGUUCGUGCGUGGGACCAGCAUCCGUGUAUGCCCAGGGCAUGAGCGCCAUAAGGGGCACCUCCUGUGCAGCGCUGUGUCCCCACGUCGUGCCCGGAUGUCGGAUAUGUCCGGAGGGACCCCUCCUGCUCUGCCAUCCCCUGGCACCUCAGGACCAGCACCCGUCUGUGGGCAGAGCACGCCAGCAGUCACCUCCCUGUGCACCUGCCCUGGGCCCUCCUGCAGCUGGGCUGCCUCGGUCAGUGCCCUUCGACGGCAGAGCCUGUGCCACCUUGUCAGAGCGGGCACACGCAGCUGGGUCACCAUUUCCAGCUGCUGCAUUUCCGGGAACUCCUUGGGGGUUGGAGCCACCAUUGCCCGGAGCCCUGCACCCAAGGCCCCAUGCACGCCGGCCACCCCCGAGAGCCCCUGGGAAGCGUCUGGUCCGGUGCGGUCCUGCGCCCCCUGCUCCCCGCAGAGCCCGCGAGUCCUUCUCUCCCGCCCCCCAUGUGUGCUGCCAGACAGGGAAGCCAGCGCGUUCGCAUUUGGUUAAAACACCUCCUGUCCUGUCGGUCUGCUGGGUCACCCGCACUCCCGUCUGUGCAGUGUGCAGAGCACCCGGCUGAAUCCACGCCACCUCCUACUGUGGCCCACCUCCAUGCGUGCACACCUGGUCGCCGUGCACAGCUCUCCUGCCGAGCUCCUGCUGCAAGUAGAUGUUUCGUUUCUCCAGACACAAACAUGACAUCUCCCAUUUCUGCAGUUUGCUGACUUGCAAGUCCCUUAGACUUAAACAGGUGGGCUGUCAGCUGAGAAAGGGGGGUGUCAUGAGUGCCCCUCUCAGCCCCGGGAAGCCCUGAUGGGCCCCUCCCUGGCCUCAGUUUCCACACCUGGCCCGAGGACACUGCUCCCUUUACUGUGGAAACAGCAUCAGGUGGCUCUGAGGACGAGAGUUCUUCCCCACACCACUCAGUUUACCUGCAUGAAACCAGAGGUGGGGUGGAAAAUAGACGUUUGAGACCUUUUCUAUUAGUUCUUGCUUGUCCGUAGAGGAAGCUUAUCAAUUAUACUUCUGUUUCUAUCAGAACUCCUGACUGCUCACUCACAAGCCGCAGUUCUUGUCUUCAACACUGCGUGCAGCGUCCCAGCAAGUGUAUGUGCCCUAUGGCAGAAACCUUUAAAAAAUACGUAAAAGAACGAAGCAUUCCCAUCUUGUGGGGUGGGAGAGACACCGAACGAGUCGUUUUCUUCUAGACUCUAAGAGCUCCACGGCUGAAUCUACUUUUUCGAAAAUUCCAGUUUAUUUUCUAUGCAUCUUACCACUGCAAAAAGGAUUUUAUUUCCAUGCUGAUGGUCUGCACCAUGUCUGGCGCCCGCAGGAAGCUCGCGCUCUUCCUCUGUGGCUGCUACGUGGCCGCCCUGGGAGUCCGCGCCGAUGUGCACUGCGUGGCCGGAGCUGAGUGUUACGUGGCAGCCGUGUAUGAGCACCGGGCGAUCUUGAGUCCAAACCCUCUGGCUCUCACCAGCCGCGAGCAGGCCUUGGAGCUAAUGAACCGGAACCUCGCCGUUUAUGAGCGGCAAGUGAUGACUGCAGCCCAACAGGGAGUCCAGAUCAUAGUGUUUCCAGAGGAUGGCAUUCAUGGAUUCAACUUCACAAGAACAUCUAUCUACCCGUUUUUAGACUUCAUGCCGUCUCCGCAGUUGGUCAAGUGGAACCCGUGCCUGGAGCCCCGCCGUUUCAAUGACACGGAGGUCCUCCAGCGCCUGAGCUGCAUGGCCAUCAAGGGGGAGAUGUUCGUGGUGGCCAAUCUUGGGACGAAGCAGCCUUGUCACAGCAGUGACCUAGGGUGCCCCGACGAUGGGAGGUACCAGUUUAACACGAACGUCGUGUUCAGCAGUAACGGGACCCUCCUCGCCCGCUACCGGAAACACAACCUCUACUUUGAGGCAGCUUUUGACACGCCCCCGACGGCAGACCACGUCACGUUCGAUACCCCCUUUGCGGGCAGGUUUGGCAUCUUCACCUGCUUUGAUAUCUUGUUCUUCGAGCCGGCCGUGCGACUCCUCAGAGACCCCGAGGUGAAGCACAUCGUGUACCCGACCGCCUGGAUGAACCAGCUCCCACUCUUGGCGGCCGUCGAGAUCCAGAAAGCCUUUGCCCUGGCCUUCGGCGUCAACGUCCUGGCGGCCAACAUCCACCACCCGUCUCUGGGGAUGACGGGGAGUGGCAUCCACAGCCCUCGGAAGUCCUCUUGGUACCAUGACAUGGAAGACCCUGAAGGUCACCUUGUAAUUGCUCAGGUGCCCAGAAAUCCGCUGGGUCUCACUGGCACAGAGAACGCAGCCAACACAGCGGACCCCGCCCACGCGGAGUUUCUGAAAAUCCUGUCCAGCCAUCUGUCCUGUGAGAAGGACGCACAGGAGGUCCGCUGUGCUGGGGCCGCCAUGCCGGACGCAGACGCGCCCCCGGCUUUCCACGCCGAGAUGAUGUACGACAACUUCACGCUGGUCCCCGUGUGGGGAAAGGCCGGCCAUCUCCAGGUCUGCGCCAAUGAGCUCUGCUGCUCCCUGCUUUACGAGAGGCCCGCCCUGUCCGGGGAGCUGUACGCCCUGGGGGUCUUCGACGGCCUCCACACCGUGCACGGCACCUACUACGUGCAGGUGUGCGCCCUGGUCAGGUGCGGCGGGCCGGGCCUGGACACCUGCGGGCAGGAGCUGUCCACGGCUGCAGGGCUGUUCGAGUUCCACCUCUGGGGCAACUUCAGCACGCCCUACAUCCUGCCCGUGCUCCUGAGCUCAGGGGUCACGCCGGAGGCGCCCGACCGGCUGGGCUGGGAGCGCGGCCAGUACUUCCUGAGCAAGCGCAGCCUGUCGUCAGGGCUGGUGACGGCGGCUCUGUACGGGCGGCUGUACGACAGGGACUAGACCGGCGUGGGGCCACCUGUCCCCUUCUGUCACAGCACCUCCUGCCCUGGGAGCUGCGGGAGGAGGAGGCUGGACAGUCCCUCAGUCUCUUCCUUUCCCAUGUAAGUUACGAGACAUUUUCUGGUGUUUUCUAUUCACACUUGCCUUUUUCAAGCCACGCCUCCCCGUAGCAAGCCUCUCCGCACACGGUAGGCUGUGAGUGCUGGGAUGAAAUAAAUGGCCACCAAGCCGAGGCGUGGGUGUUCUGUCCCUCGUCAGUCGUAAGUAUUUCAGAAGCCUCGAACCGUCCAGACGGUGGAAACCAGCUUUGUAUUAGCAUGGUGGCCACGGGGACCUUUCGGGCCUGGCCAGCUGGAGCCCGUCCAGGUGACAUGGUGUCCCAGGCCACCUGCGAUGUAAGGAACGGAGAUCUGGAACCCCCUCUGAAAACAGAAGUCUCUCUCAGUCUGCCUUUGAGUCCGUGAGGGGAGCGUGUGGGCAGGGCCCGGGUGGGCAGGCCGGAGCCGGCUGGGGAGGUCUGGGGAGGCCUGCUCUUUCUGUACAGCAUCUGGCCCAGCUGUGCGGAGAGGACUGAUCCAGCGUGAUCUGGCGUGGGGUCCCCCGGGGGGCCUCCCCUCUGCAGUGAGGCCCAGCACCCCAUAAACCAAACUUGCCGGAACUGCUGUGGGGCCGCCCUCCGUAAUGUGCGUUUAUUUUACUGCUCAUGGGCAUUUUGGGGCCCCCCGUCCUGGUCCCAGAUGAGGACCCCCCGUUGAGGGUGGUGAAGACAGCUGUCGGCGGGCGGUUUCUAUGUAGCUGGUACCCGGCAGGAUUUCGACUCCACGCCGUCUGGCUCGGGCCGUUCGCAGGGCAGAACGGGCCGUUGUCUUGUGCUAUUUGGCUGUAACUCUUUUUAAAUUAAACGGUGGAUGCUAAAAACAAAUGUAAAAA